CUGGGUAAAAUGGCCGAGUCCGGCGGCGGUGAGUUUUCUCCGGAACGACGGAGCAGCAUGGCUGACAAGAGCACUGCACUGCGCCACACAUUUUCUGCCCCCGGACACAGUGCCACCCUCCUUCGCGGCCUGGCGAUGCUUCGGGCACGUGAGCAGCUAUUGGAUGUGGUGCUGAUGGUGAACGCGGUGAUAUUUCGGGUACAUCGGGCAGUGCUGGCUGCCUGCAGCGAUUAUUUCCGGGCAAUGUUCACUGGGGGAAUGCGAGAAGAAGGCCAAGAUGUCAUUGAGUUGAAGGGUGUGUCGGCCAAGGGUCUGAAACACAUCAUUGAUUUUGCAUACAGUGCUGAGGUGACCCUGGACCUCGACUGUAUCCAAGACGUGCUGGGAGCUGCAGUCUUCCUGCAGAUUGUGCCUGUGGUGGAAUUGUGUGAGCAGUUCCUGAAGUCAGCCAUGAGUGUGGAGACUUGCCUCAAUAUUGGUCAGAUGGCCGCCACCUUCAGCCUUUCCUCCCUGAAAGAGUCAGUGGAUGUCUUCACCUUUGCUCACUUCCUGCAGAUUGCGGAGGAGGAGGAUUUUCUGCAGCUUCCCCUCGAGAGACUUGUUUUCUUCCUGAAGAGCAACAAGCUGAAGAACUGCAGUGAGGUCGACCUGUUCCGUGCUGCUAUCCGAUGGUUGCAGUAUGAUGAGUCUCGACGAGCUAAUGCCAGUCUGGUCCUCUGCUAUAUCCGCUUUCCCCUGAUGAAAUCCUCUGAGCUAGUGGACAAUGUCCAGACACAGGCUGUGAUGGUGGAAGAUCCUCUGUGUCGUCACUACCUGCUGGAAGCCUUCAACUACCAGAUCCUGCCAUUCCGCCAACAUGAGAUGCAGUCUGCCCGGACCAGAAUCCGCGCAGACACUGUCUCCCUCAUUGCCUUUGGUGGCACUCCCUACACCGACAAUGACCGGACAGUCAGCCGCAAAGUCUUUGCUCUUCCGGAUUGGAAUGCACGCCAGUUCACGGAGAGACCAGAAAUGGAGGUAGGAUGUAGUCAUGCCUGCGUCGCUGUUUUGGAUAACUUUGUGUAUAUAGUGGGAGGUCAACACCUACAAUACAGGAGUGGGGAAGGGGCAGUCAGCUGGUGUUUCCGUUAUGACCCCCAUCUCAAUCGCUGGCUGCGGAUUCGAUCUAUGCAGGAAGCUCGCAUUCAGUUCCAGCUGGACGUGCUGCAAGGAAUGUUGUUUGCUACUGGAGGCCGAAAUCGGUCUGGGAGCCUCUCUACAGUCGAGCGUUACUCCGCUCGGAAAAAUGAAUGGACGAAUGUGUGUUGCCUGAAACGGCGGACCUGGGGACAUGCAGGAACAUCCAGUGGGGGCAAGCUCUAUAUCUCUGGAGGCUACGGCAUCACCAUUGAGGAUAAGAAAUCUCUUCACUGCUACACUCCUGAAACUGACCUCUGGGAAUUCAAAACUCCCAUGAAGGAGCCACGGGUUCUUCACUCAAUGGUCAGUGCGAACGGGCGGAUUUAUGCAAUUGGCGGCCGCAUGGAUCAUGUUGAUCACUGUUUUGAUGUCCUGGCUGUUGAAUAUUACAUCCCCGAGACUGACCAGUGGACCAGCGUUAGUCCGAUGAGGACGGGUCAGUCUGAGGCUGGUUGCUGUGUGUUACAGAGAAAGAUUUAUGUGGUGGGAGGCUAUAAUUGGCACUUGAACAACGUGACCAGUAUUGUGCAGGUUUAUAACAUUGGCACAGACGAAUGGGAGAGGGACCUACAUUUCCCAGAAUCGUUUGCAGGAAUCGCCUGUGCUCCUCUUGUCCUCCCACAGCUCUCAGCGCGGAGAUAGUUGAGACACUGCCAUGGAGCGGAGGAUCAUGGAGUCCGCGGGACAGAACGGAGGAGCCGGAAGACCUGGCCCACAGAAUGGGGAGGGAAUGAGCUGGGUGAACCAGUUGGCAUCCCCACUUCCAGUAAAGAAUCAGGACGAAGAGCGAUCUUUGCCCAGGAACCCGCACUGCUUAGCACUGAAGCCACGUUUCAUUCAGCUAUAGAGAGGGGAAAGAAGACUGGCUGCUGUACCAGACUGGUCCUUCAGUGAGCUGUUUUAUUUGGAGCAUAUUUAAACUCAGCCUUUCUGCAAUGUUCCCUAUGAAAGUAAUAAAUCCUCAUUUUGCUGCUUAAAUCACACAGACCAAGAAACCGAGCCAUUCGGCUUCACUCAGUGAAAGGAAAACCAAGCAAAUUAGAAUGUUUGUUGUUGUGUAUAGCAUACUCCAACUUAGUUGCCAUGUGUUUAGCACGCUCCGGCCCGCGCAGCUGCCCUGCGUGUAGCACGCUCCGGCCCGCGCAGCUGCCCUGCGUGUAGCACGCUCCGGCCCGCGCAGCUGCCCUGCGUGAAGCACGCUCCGGCCCGCACAGCUGCCCUGCGUGUAGCACGCUCCGGCCCGCGCAGCUGCCCUGCGUGUAGCACGCUCCGGCCCGCGCAGCUGCCCUGCGUGUAGCACGCUCCGGCCCGCGCAGCUGCCCUGCGUGUAGCACGCUCCGGCCCGCGCAGCUGCCCUGCGUGUAGCACGCUCCGGCCCGCGCAGCUGCCCUGCGUGUAGCCAACUACCUUUGAAAUUACUGGUUAUUGGGUUUUGAUACACGUCUCUUGAAUGUGCUAAUAGAAAUUUUACAGACCACUGAACAGCUGAGAAUUGGAAUUUUGUGAAAACUCAAACCUCUCGAAAGUCCACAAGGGAUUCACCUCCAAUUCAGAUCAGUUUCCAGAGACUCCAUUGUGUGUGUAGAAGGAGCAUAGCUGAAAUGUUCCUGAUGAGCCCAUGAAAGACUCUAGAAUUCAGGACAAAAGCAAAAUACUGUGGAUGCUGGGAAUCUAAAAUUAAACAAAAAAUGCCUGAAAUACUCAGCAGGUCAGGCAGCAUCUGUGGAGAAAGAGAGUGUUAACGUUUCAGGUCAAUGACCUUUGACAGAACAGGUGCUGACUC